CGUCGUAUUUUCCUCCCCUUCCACUGCCUGCUUUAACACUGAGAGCCACUCGAAAUAAACAAGCGCAAAAAAGAGGGGGGGGGGACGUUUUUUUUUUUUUUUUUAAGGAACCGGUCUGGCUCCAGUGUCACGUUUAUCACCAGCCGAUGGACAGAGGGGGCUUAUACACCUAUAAGUUGCCAUCAGUGAAGCCCUAACCUCCCACCACCACUGAGCCUCAUAUCAUUGUAACUUUUUUUUUUUUUAAAGCAUACACUGAGCUCCGGACAAAGCGAGGCUUUCCUUCACAACUGCAGUGAAAACUACAAGUGGACCUACAGACAUGUCCCGCUGUCCUCCUUCCCUCGUGCCUGGUCUAUAGUCAACCAGAAACGACCCAUAUUCUCACCCACACCCUAUUCUCAACCAUUUGACCAACCCCUCCCCACGCUGUGGUCACACCAUGGCCAGCAAGAGGAAGUCCACCACUCCUUGUAUGAUCCCCAGCAAGAUCAUACGCCCAGCAGAAGAGGUUGAACACGACUCUCCUGUUUUUGUCCAUCAAUCCAGGCUUUCUGGAGGUGGCAGACAUAGCCCCCUCGACCCAGGAGAGUCCUCCAAAACAGAGCUGGAGGACGCUCUCAAAGACGGUGCUGGCACUUACACCUGUAAGCCUUGUAACUUUGAAACCCAUGACCUUAACUUGUUCUUGGAUCAUGUGUACUCGGGGCACCCAGACUUCCGUGCUGACCCAAGCUUCUUUUGUGUGAGUUGUGGGGUUUCAUCGCCAAAGUUUGAGGGGUUGGCUCUGCAUAAUGCCAGGGUUCACCCCAGCACGUUGAAUACAACUCUGCAUCUGAAGAAGAAGGACAGGAGAGCAGUGGUGGAGCAGAAUCUAGUGACUGGGGCAGAGACUGGGAAGGAUAGUGAGAUUUCUAUCACAAAAACACCAAUUAUGAGGAUGUUAAAGGGCAAAUCAGAGCCUAAACGGAUAGUGGUGUCUCAUCCAGCCUCUGACGAGCCUUCUUCAGACGCACACGCCAUCUCAGCCUCCAGAGAAACUGAGAGAAAAGAUACUGCUGCAGUGACAGUCACCCAUGUUCCCACAAUUGUUCACAAUGGAACGACCAAGGUCACUCUGCCCUCGGCAAUCCAGAUAGUUAAUGGCUCUGGAGCAUUACCAAUGCUGAAGACUCCCAUCACACAGGUGGUCUCAGUGGUUCAAAGCAGAAGCCUUCAUCAAUCUACACCGAUCACGGUGUCUUCAAAUAUUUCCUCCACAUCUUCGACUUCUUCUUCCAAAAAUCUACCUAAGGUGAUGAUUCCUUUGAGCAGCAUACCUACCUACAGUGCCUCCAUGGACUCCUCUUCUUUCUUGAAGACCUCCUUCAGUAAGUUCCCGUACCCCACAAAGGCUGAGCUCUGCUACCUGACCGUGGUCACAAAGUUCCCCGAAGAGCAGAUCAAGAUUUGGUUCACGGCCCAGAGACUGAAACAAGGCAUCAGCUGGUCACCUGAGGAGAUCGAGGAGGCCAGGAGGAAGAUGUUCAACACCAUCAUCCAGACCGCACCCUCUAGCUCGAACCAGACCCAGAGUCAGCGUAGCCCAGCCCAACACACAAUCACAGUCCUGCCUGCCUCAUUGGGGGCUACCGGGAUCCCUCACAUCCUGCAGGGCUCUCUUGUCAGCCAAGGAGGGGUAAUUGUCACACAGCCUGUAAUGGCAAACGGCAUCCAGGUUAGCAGUGCCCCUGUGGCACUGGCUGUCACACCUAAGCCCCAGGCAGCGGCGCGUCCCAUGAUGCAGGCCCGACCUGCUGCAGCCCUGGUGGCGGACAAAGGCAUUAGCAUGGUGGUGGGGACGGUAGGUAGCAGUAGUACUGGGAGCAACAUCAUUAGCAGUAAUGGUAGUAGGAGUGGGGGAGGGGGUAGUAGCACUCAAGCUAGUGUCAUCAACCUUAGUUUAGGAAGCAGUAAUCAUAGUAAUGCUAAGGUGAGCAGUGUCAAUGGUAAACACAGUGGUGCUAACGCAGACUGCAACGACAAAAGCAAUGGUAAUGCUGCCAGCCAUGGACACACUAUGAACACUGACAUGAGCAAAGCCAACAACACCAGCGUUGUGCAGAGUGACAGCAAAGUAACCACAGAUAGCAAACAUGUGACCGACAGCAAAUCUAAUAACGGUAACGGCAAAACGGGCAGCAGUGGGCAAAUAAGCAAAGAUACCAAUGGUAGCAGCAACAAAAAUAACACAACCAGCACAAUCACAGAUGAUGUCGAGCCCACCACCAGUGAUUCUCCAUCCCUCAAAAUGGAGGAGGCAUCCUCCCCUGCCUCCAAGUCUUCUUCGCCCUCUCCUGCAGCUCCUUCAAGCAGCACGCCUGGCUCUCGGACGCCCAUUAACGCAUUCCUGGACCCGAGCUUUUACAAGGGCAAGAAGUCUCAAGAGCAGCUCAACGCUCUGAAGGACAGUUUUCAGCUCAGCCAGUUUCCUGACCAGGAAGAGGUGGACCGCCUCAUCUCUCUGACUGGACUCACAGUACGAGAAGUCCGCAAGUGGUUCAGCGACCGGCGCUACCACUUUCGCAACCUCAAAGGUUCACGCGCCAGCACGGGUGGACAGAGUAAGUCUGGCAGUGCAGCCGGAGCAGGGAGCGGGUCAAGUACGCCAGGGAGUGGCGCCGCUGGCAGUGCCAACCCUGUUGAUUUGUCUGAAAGUAGCAGCAACUCUGGUGCGAAAACACCCCAGCACAGCUCUGCACCCCUGAGCCCAACCGCAUCGCAGACUCCCACAUCUCCCACCACACCUUCCCGCCGACUCCCCAGACCUCCUUCUCCCGAUUUCACGGCCAUCCGCUACAAGGAGAGAGAACCUCAUCAGGUGAAGGCUCUAGAAGCCAGUUUUACCCAGGACCCUGACCCGUCAGGAGAGGAGGUGGACAGACUGCGAUCUGAGACAAAGAUGACCAGAAGGGAGAUCCAUGGCUGGUUCGCUGACAGGAGGAAGAGAAUGGCAGCUGAGGAGAAGAAGAAGAAAGAGGAGGCAGAGCGGGCACUGCAAGAGGAGGAGGAGAUGGAAGUUGAUGGGGAGGAGAGACAGAAAGAGGACUGUCCAGGAGAACUGAAAGUCAACCCCAUUAAAAUAAACCUGAAGAUGCUGAAGGUGACAGAGGCCAAUGGCAAAGCAGAGGGUGAAGGGUUGGAUAGCCCCACUUUACUGCCUCAAUCCAGCACACCUGCAUCUUCCCCUGGUCCCACAUCAGCCUCCACACACAAACCAUCCCAAUCAUCCACCCCAACACCCAAACCAUCCCAUUCUCCCAAACCCACAACCACCCGAAGUAAGAAGACAGCAGAGCAGUUGCAAUUGCUCAAACAAGUCUAUGCCCGUACCCAGUGGCCAAGCGCUACUCAGUAUGAUGAACUGAUCUCAGCAACUGGACUGCCCAGACCUGAGGUAGUGCGCUGGUUCGGGGACUGUCGUUAUGUGCAGAAGAACGGCCAGCUGAAGUGGCUGGAGGCGUACCAGAACGAGGCUUUGGAAGAGGACCUCCAGAAGGGGAACACAAAGAUCCUCCAGGACCAUCUCAACAUCCAUGGCGGACUGGAGGAGUCACAGUUGCAGGAACUGGCUCAGGCUAGCGGUUUAACAACGGACUUGGUGCGACAUUGGUUCUCCACCAAAGCUUCUUUACCCCAGAUGGAACAAACUGCUGCUGUUGCUGCUGCUGCUGCCGCUGCCGCCGCUGCUCAUGCGGCAGGACCAAGACCAGUUGCACCAGGUGCAGCAGCUGAGCCUCGAACAGGAUCCUCCCCUCUGGAACCGCAGCCAGGAGGAGGGACGGAGGAGAAAAUGGAGCAGUCGGUGUGUGGUGUCGCAACAGAAGCUGAAGAGGCAACCACUGACGAGACUGUGAAUCCUAGUAAAGGAACUGAUUGAAGAGGCCUUUUUGUCUGAGGAUGGAGUUCACAACGCAGGUGGUCUGAGGAAAAGAUGGCAGAUGCGGUUGUAACAGGAUCACUGGAUGGAAAUGGACCUCAGAACCAUCCCUCUCUCUUUCUUGCUCACACCCCGAGAGGUAGGCAUGACCCACCCCCCCACCGCUACGUGAGAUGGACGUUAAAGCCACUAACCCACCCCACAUAUCCCCCACCCCAUGCCAUCCUCCUUCCCCUCGCUGUGUCUACCCCCUUCACUACACGGACCUUCUCCAGUAUCCCUCCUGUCGGCCAUUUUCCCUUCAGAAGGAAGUUCCAGUAGAGACUGAAGUGCAGGAGUGGAUGUGGUAGAGGGGAGGGGCAGGGCUGACAGCGUUUUUCUGCUGUGUUUGUUCCGCCUGCCUGCUGUGAUGAGGGGGGGGGAGGAGGAGGGAAAAAAAUGGAGGAAGGAGAGGAGGGGGGGAAAGGGAGAAGUGUGGUCAAGAUUGAGACCUCCGCAGAUGUUGAUCAGGGGGUGGGGGUUGGGUUUGGACAGUUAUCGACUAAACCAACCCUCAGACGAUGGAUCGACGAAGCGCUGAGAGACAUUCAUUCAUUCUUUGUUUUGGGGUACGAAAAACUGCACAGCUCUUUGCUUCAGGGUGCUUGCCUAGGCCUUAAAGUAGAUUUUUGAAUUUUUUUAAAAUUGUGUCAUCUUCAUACUCAACUUGCACUCAUACACUUUGACUUCAUGCUUGCAGCUUACUUUAAAUGUGCUAGCUAGGCUGUCUUAUGUGAAACACAGCACUGAGGGUUUUUUCUCUUUGUACUCGCUUUUCAUUUCUUAUCUGUACAUAAUGUCUGAUUUAAACUCAGUCAUCCAAAGAAGGCAAGCACCCUGUUGUGUUUAAACAAAAAGAAAAGAAAAAGCGACACAAUAUUGUAGACUAUAUGGAAUCUGGUUUGUGUUGUAGCAUCAAGUGCUUCUUUACGUCACUGACGUGUACGUACAUUUGUUUUUAUGGAACUUUCCUAUGACAUAAAUUUGACUGUAAAAGAACUGUGAACUUUUACUAGAGUUCCAUACUUAGGCUUGAUGUAUAAUUUUUACAGAUGGUAUUUGCAGAAUAAACAGAAUGUAAUAAA